AUGGGUAACAAACUCGUCACCAAGAGUGUUGAGGAGCUUACUGAUGCAACCAUAAAGUCGCUCUUGAUGACCAUCACCAUUGCCGAAGCUCUUGUUGUUUUCACGAUUGAAAGCGUGAUCGGGACAUACACCUGUAUUUUGACCGCUGCGAUUGAUGGCUCGGUGGGAGCAGCGGUUAACGCUACUGAAUCGGUGAUCAACAUCGCUAACACGACCGUUGUGGAUAUCGCCGAUGGGAUCCAACACGGUUUGGAGGAUGUGAGCAAGGUGGUUAAUAAAAUAUUAUCGGGGGUGGGAAAGCUCGAAACCCUUUUCUCAUCCGGGGAUGUAGAUCCUUCUGAUUCCAUCAAGAAGGUUGAUUUAUCUGUCGCUUCUUUGAAAAACUGGAAGCUUCCCGAUAGCAUAAAUGGAAAGCUUACUCAAUUGCAGACGAACCUUCCAAAUUUCACCGCAGUGGAGGACUACACUAAAGGCUUGAUCCAAACACCUUUCGAGGGGUUAAAAAAGGAAAUUAACGGUUCUAUGGCCAGUUUGCGUUCCAAGAUGUUGAACGAAUCUCUUCUCGUACUUCCCGUUAGCAGGAAAGUGGAUGCGAAUUUUUGCGUCAACCAGUCACUGAAGGUUGAUGAAUUCUACGCCAAGUUGGGGAUAAAGGUCCGCUAUACCUCAAACAUUGUCUUGGGGUUGUUAAUAGCCGUAGCAGUACUCGUGCUCAUUCCCCUUAUUGUCGAUGAAAUUUUCCGUUGGCGUAGAAUCAACAGUGUGGCCGAGGAUUUAAUGGUUGUUUCCCUGUACAAAAUCCCGAUAAAGUGGUUUAUAGCCUACGUCUCCUCUUCGCGCUCUCUAACCGUCUUGUUUGUGGCAUUGAUGGGUUUAAUAGCUGUAUUGUUACAGUAUAUUCUUCUUUCGCUUGUGGCGCUGGAAGUCCCCAGAAUAACCGAGCAAGCAGAAGACUUGGUCCAUGGCCUUUUCGAAACGAUGGAUAUUAAACAUUUACUUGAUCAAUGGACCAAUGGCACAAACCAGUAUAUCGGAAACCAAGAAGCCUACAUUAACGAGAACAUGUUGGGCUGGGUGAACCAGUCCACCACAUCGGUCAACCACACCGUUGAUGAAUUCAUACAGACGAUGAAUACGGCAAUCGACGAUGUGUUUCGGGAUACGCCUCUAUACAGUGCAGUAACAUCGGUGGUUUACUGUGUUGUGGGGAGGAAGUUGGAACUGGUGGAGAAAGGCUUGGUCUGGGUCCAAGAUAAUGUCCACGUUACGCUACCCCGGGUCAACGAAGACUUGCUCUAUAAUGUGGUUAACGCAGCUUCCUCCAAUACAGGUGCAUCGAAAAACACGAAUUCAGGUACCCCGAGCAGCUAUGGAUUUAACCGUACUGCUAGUGGAGAUCUCACAGAAAUCGCAGACUCUGCCACAGCGGAGUUGAAAAGGGCGUUAAAUGUGACAAUCACGGAGUACAAUAAAGGUUUAAGGUUCGAGUUGAGUGUUUCGUUGGCUAUUAUGGGGGUCUGGCUGUCUCAAACCGAAAUCUGCCCAAUUUGUAUGAGAAAGUCCUGGUCCGGCUGCGGCGAUCACGUUGCCUCCGUCAUGAAAAUCACACCUGAGCCAGAGUGGUGUGCAUGCCGCCACGCCCAGGAGCCGUUGGAGAAGAACAAGAAGUUUCCACCAAAGGCCGGCACUGGGUUGGCCAGAAAGUCCAUGUCCUCCUAGCACCCGGGCCAAACUGGCUCAUGCUUAUGACUUGUGUAAAUUAUCUUUUCUCCCUCAUUGAUACGACCUUAUGGAAUAAAUCCCAAUCUGAAUAUGGCUGUAAGGGGUGGUGUGACCCCUAAUGCAAUCUUAAAUUAUCUCGUAGCUAUCUGCCCUGAACCAUAAAGGGCUGACUUAAUUGUCUGUAUUAAUGUGCGUGAUACGUAGGUUGGCCGCUUGCAUGACCAGCUAUAGUUGGAUGCGUGCGGCACGUUGGGUUGUCAGGUGUGAUUUUACGAUAAGCCAAAGGGUAACCCCACACACCCGUGUAAAUCUAGAUUUUCCGCCCGGACGCCAGUCAGGUUUGGCAGAAUUCGAUCGAAAAUAAUCGCCAAACUGGGACUUACUGUGAAAGCCUAGGCAGGGAAAGACCAUCUUGUACGAAUAGCCGGCCUGAGUUCUCCAGGCUGAUAGCUUCUAACCUGCUUCUGC